AUGACUUCCACUGCGAGUCAACCCAACACAACCCCGGCGCCGAACACCACUGCUGCCUCGACGGCUCCUUCGUAUGCCUCUGCCGUUGGUACCGCUAGUGCCGUGAAGAAGUCUGCUUCGACGCCCCUCGUCGUGGGAGCUGCCAACCCCUCCGCGGUGGCUGGCUCCUCGGCAGCCGCUCCUCAGAAUGCCCCGUCCCCGUCAGCCUCAAACGUGAACGGUCGGCCUUCUGUUACUCCCGCUGUCCCCGCCGUCCCGACUGUCGCCGCCACGCCCAACCUCAACGGAGGCUCUGGCGACCACGCCCGCAAUGGUUCUGUCACCAUCCCGCCCAACGGCCCUACCAGCUACUUGGCGAACGGAGGUGCCGUGAGCAACAAGCCCCCGGGACUGCAAUUCGGCUACGCUGAGGCGUCUCCUGCCAUGCCACACAGCACCCCCCAGCCCAACGCAUCCGCGCCAGUAAACAUACCUGGACGAGGCCCCUCACCACACCCCAGCCCUUCGCCCAUCCCGCAGAACAUCACAAGUGGUGGACGGCCUGGUAAUACCGAGAACACCUUCAAGAUUGGCAGUUUCACCAACGAAGGCGAUCGUAUGGGCGGACGCCCAAACUCGAUGUCGCAAAUGUCCUUCCACGCCAGACGCGAUUCGGCCGUGUCCCAGCACAGUGACAUGGGCCAUCAUGGUCCGGCCCCGACUCGAGGGGGAUUUGGCGGUGGACGAGGCGGCCGCGGUGGCGGGUACAACAACCACCAGUACCCCAACCACCAAGGGUUCCCGCCCAACACGAACCAGUCCUUCAGAGGCCAAGGUCGCGGCGGAAUGCCUCCACAGCAGUUCAACCCUCGUGGUGGUGGAUACCACAACUCACCACAGCCUGCACGAGGCAGCCCUGCCCUCACCCCGGUGAUGCCUGGCCAAGGCACACCGAACAUGAACGCUGCCAUGCCUGUCCCUCCCGCCCAGGGCUACAGUCAGCAGUACCCACCGCCCAUGAGCGGAUACGCACAACAGGGUGGCUUUCAACAGCAAAGCGGCUACCCCCCACAUAACUUUUACCCGGGUGCAUACGAUAGCAGGGCUUACAUGGGCGUGCCCCAAUACCCCCAGCAGCCUUUCCACCCUCAGAACAUGUACCCUCCAGCGUCGCCCGCCCCUGCUGGCAUGCCACUCCAAUACGGUACUGGACAAUUCGCCCCUCCGCAAGGCCAGCCCAUGUCGCGUAAUAACUCACAGUUGUCAGAGCGGCCCGCCUCUAGCACAGGCCAGAAUCAGGGCCCUAUGGUCGUCUCCGGGACUCCCCAGGCUCAUGGCUCCCAGCCUAAAGCACCUACCGGCUCGUCGACUCCUAGCCAGACCCAGUUCCAGAAGCCAAAGAAGUCCGGAGUUACCAUCAAGAACGCCCAAGGUGAGGUGGUCAACUUCAACGUCCUCAAGGCCCCUGCGUCCCCAGCGCCCAGCACCCAACAGUCCAGGACCCCCCCUGUCAUUGCGUCGACACCAACGCCUCCGCCCAAGGCCACUACUCCCGCCUCGCAUGGCCGCACCGAAAGCCUCUCCACAGCCAAGCCGGACGAGAUCAAGGCUGCGUUCCUGGAACAGGUAAAGAAGUCCAAGGAAGGUGAUGCUUCCAAGCCAGAUGACGAGGCUGCGGCCGAGGCGAAGGCCAAGGAGGAUGCGCAGAGAAAGGAGGAAGAGCGCGCAGAGGCCGAGAAGAAGGCCGCCGAAGAAACCAAGGCCGCCGAAGAAGCCGCAAGGAAAGCCAAGGCCGAGGCUGAAGCCAAGCAGGCCGAGGAGGCAGCCAAAGCGAAAGCUGAGGAAGAAGCAAAGGCCAAGGCGGCGGCCGAAGCGACUGCAAAGGCAGAGCAAGAAGCAGCUGCCAAGGCAGAGCAAGAGGCAAAGGCCAAGGCCGAGGAACAGAAGAAGGCCGAUGCUGCCAAGGCUGAGGAGACACCAAAGGAGACCGAAGAAGAGUACAUGGAGAGAAUGAUCAGAGAAAUGGAAGAGGAAGAUAGGCUCCGUGAAGAGGAGCAGGCAAAGAUCACGGCCAAGAAGCAACUCGAGAAGGAAGCCGAAAAGAAGAAGGCGGACGAGAAACGCCUCGCGGACGCUGCCGCGAACGAUGCGAAGCUCAGAGAGCAAGAGCGAGAGAUGGAACGCCUUGAAGAAGAGAAGGAGAAGGCCCGCGAGAAGGAACGUCUGGCGGCCGAGGGCGGUCAGUCCCAGUCGAUGUCAGAAGUCCUGACGAAGAAGAUUUCGGACUUGAACGCUUCGCAGAAGAGCACUGAGGACACCUCCAAACUCACGAUCAUAAGCAACAAGGACACAUCUCUCAUUGGCUCAGCGCCAUCGUCGGCCAAGUCUACCGGCAAGCCCAAACCAGCAGCGCUGAACCUUGCACCCCUCAAGACGAACAGCGUCGAGCCAGCCCCGCCAACCGCAGCGAUGCAGGCUCUGAAGUCUGCUCGGUUCCUGACGGUCAAAGACGAGGUCAAGUACCCCAAUGGCAUCGCCAGCCCAAAUCCGGCUGUCAAUGCCGCCGUGGCAAAGAAGGGUGGCUCGUUCAAGUACGAUUCAGCAUUCCUGCUGCAGUUCCAGAAGGUCUUCACGGAGCAGCCAUCCACCGAGUUCUCGCAGCAAGUUAAGAGCUUGAUUGGCGACUCCGAUGGCUCGCGGUCCGCAUCUGUCAGGACACCUGCCGGUGCCAGUGGUCGCCAGGGAUCUAGAGGCCAACCUGGGGCUUUUGGCGCAUUCGCGCAGCCUGCCGGAAAGCCGCUCCCGCCCAACACAACAUCGGAGCAGCGAUUUGCCAUGUCUCAAGGACAGAUUCCGCGUCCAGCCAUCGGAGGCCCCAUCUCUUCCUUCCGGGGUGGCUCUUUCGGGGGCAGCCAGAUGUCGCGCACAUCAUCGUCCAACUUGGCUCAGUCCGGUUCUCGCUCGGGCAGCCGCUCGCAGCGUGGUGGCGGCGGUGGAGGUAGCAAGCGUGGAGGCUUCGACGCCGCCCAAGAAGCUAAGCUUAGUAAGACCAUGCCUCUUACCGCGGGCAUGGAUCUGAAGCCUAUCCAGACUACGGCUACGGGCUGGAAGCCAAAGAGCGUCGGCAGGGCUGCUGCUCAGAACGCAGAGGCUCCCGGCCACAUGGACCCCGAGACUGUCCAGCGCAAGGUCAAGUCUAACCUCAACAAGAUGACCCCCGAGAACUUCGAGAAGAUCUCGAACCAAAUCCUUGAGAUUGCGGCACAGUCCAAGGACGAGCAGGAUGGUCGCACUCUUAGGCAGGUCAUCCAGCUUACCUUUGAAAAGGCAACAGACGAGGCGCACUGGGCUGCAAUGUAUGCCAAGUUUUGCAAGCGCAUGCUGGAGACGAUGAGCCCCGAGGUCAAGGAUGUCACUAUCACGGACAAGAACGGGAACGUCGUCAGCGGCGGUGCUCUCUUCCGAAAGUACCUCCUGAACAGGUGUCAAGAAGACUUCGAGCAUGGGUGGGCAGUGGAGAUGCCCAAGCCCAAAGAGGGCGAGUCCAAGGAGACUGCCAUGCUGUCCGACGAAUACUACAAGGCCAUGGCUAUCAAGCGUCGUGGGCUCGGUCUGGUUCAGUUCAUUGGCGAGCUCUUCAAGCUUGGUAUGCUCACGGAGCGCAUCAUGCACGAAUGUGUCCGAAAGCUUCUCGACUUCCAGGGCGAACCCGACGAGGCUGAGAUCGAGUCACUCAGCAAGCUGCUGCGCACAAUUGGUGCCAGUCUCGACAGUACCGAGAAGGGUAUGAUGAUGAUGAACGCCUACUUCGAGCGCAUCUCCACCUUGGUUGAAACACCAGAUUUGCCAAGCCGACUCCAGUUCAUGCUCAUGGAUAUCAUGGACUUGCGAAGGGACAGGUGGCAGUCCAAGGACGGCCUCAAGGGCCCCAAGACACGAGAGGAGAUCCGCGCAGAGGCGGAGGCUGCUGCGGCCCAGAAGGCUGCCGAGAAUGCGAGAAGCAGUUACCGUGGCCAGGCUGGCGGCCGUUCCCAUCCGGGUGGACGCGGCGAUGCAAGGAACUCGCUGCAGUUCCAGCAGCCCACCUCGAACCACGUGGGUAUGGAUGAUCUGCGCCGCCUGAAGGGUUCCGCAUCAAGAACUGCUAGUGGCAACGUCACCCUCGGGCCGACGUCCAUGUUCAACUCCCGCAGCAGCAGCGGGCGUAACACCAGGUUGGGCCCAGGUGGCGCACUAGCUCGUGGUGCCGAGGACUCGGGAGCCUCGUCGCGGACUGGAACCCCACCCACCCAGGCAUCGACGAAUGCAUUUGCUGCUCUUGCCAACAUGGAGUCGGAGAACCCUGCAUCACCACCUUCCGUGUCGGCCUCGCCAGCGCUCAACCAUGCUAAGCCGGCCGCUCCGGCUGGAGGCGAGAAGAAGGAGGCGGACUGA